UUGUUCUUUUUCUUUACUAAUACUAUAACGCUUCCCUGUUCGUAGUUCCCUGCUUCACUCUUCCAUCGUCCCUUUCACUUUCCGACCGUUGGGGGCCUUGCCAGCUAUAUUCUGCUCCGACCUCCUUUGGCCGCGCACAAAGCUCGAUGUAGAGAAUCUGCACACAGAAGAAGUUAGAGAAAGUGGGAGCCAGCGAGCAAAGCAGCCCCCUUUGCGGCUUUGCGUCCCCUACCUAAACCCUAACCCAUUGCAUUCCUUAUUCCCUACAUUAAUGGCGUUACUUAUUCCCACCCUUCUCUUCUAUCUUCUCUCCCUCCCUCUUCUCGUUCCCUCUAAAUCGACCAUUGAGCCGUGCUCCGUCUCCGACUCCUGCAACGCCUUGGUGGGCUACACACUCUACACCGAGCUUAAGGUUUCUGAAGUCGCCGCUCUCUUCCAGGUCGACCCAGUUGCGCUUCUGAACGCCAAUGCCAUCGACAUUUCCAUCCCCGACGUUGAGAAUCACAUCCUUCCCGCCGGCCUCUUCACCAAAAUCCCCACCAUCUGCUCCUGCACCGACGGCAUCCGUAAGUCCGUUUCCACUCGCUACAGGACCCGCCCCUCCGACACUCUUUCCUCUAUUGCGGACACCGUUUAUGCGGGUCUUGCCUCCGCCGACCAGAUCCGUGAAGCUAACUCCAUCACCGACCCCUCUGUGCUUGAGGUCGGCCAGAUACUUGUUAUCCCUCUCCCUUGCACCUGCUUCAACUCCAGUGAUAACUUCCUUCCUGCGAUCUACUUGUCUUACGUUGUGUUGGUUGGGGAUACCGUCCCCGGCAUUGCUGCAAGGUACUCCACCACGGUUACCGAUAUUAUGAACGUGAAUGCGAUGGGGAGUCCGGUGGUCAGGGCUGGUGAUAUACUUGCAAUUCCAUUGCCAGCCUGUGCAUCUAGUUUCCCAAGAUAUGCAUCCGAUCAUGGCUUGACAGUAGCAAAUGGUAGCUACGCUAUAACUGCCAGUCAUUGUGUCCAGUGCAGCUGUGGACCAGGAAACCUCAACUUAUACUGCACCCCAGCUUCUCUGGCAGUAUCUUGUUCAAGCAUGCAAUGUAGAGGAAGCAACCUAAUACUGGGAAAUGUUACUGCUCAAGCCACUAGUGCUGGAUGCAACGUCACUUCCUGCUCUUAUGGUGGUUUUGUAAAUGGAACAAUCCUCACAACGUUAUCUACUUCUCUUCAACCUCGCUGCCCAGGGCCACUACAAUUUCCUUCUGUGGUUCCUCCACCAACUUUUGUGAGCCCUUACUCGUUCUUGGCUCCAUCGCCAUCUCCCAUUCCAUCGCAACCGGGCGGUGCCAUGCCUACACCAAAGACUUCAUUUCCGGGAACUUUCAGCUUACCUGGCGUUUCUCCUGCAAGUGGUCCUGCUGGAAGCACAUCACAGGCUUCUGCUAUUAAGCAAUUGAAUCAUUUUGUGAAUGCUAUUGUUUUAUGUCUGCUAUUGAAAUUUAUGUAGUUGCGUUGUCAUUUUUUGCUUUGUACACUCUAUUGUGCUCUAUGAAUUUUGUUAAUUUUAGUC